AUGGAAAAAACCAAAACAAAGCAAGGAGAAAACGAACAUAUGCCGGUGAAUAAUCCUUCCACGCAGAUUUACCAGUUGCAGGCCCUAGCCUCUGAACUCAAAACUGGUUUUACAGAAGCGAUGCAAGAACUGUCAAGAAUUCAACAUGGAGAAUAUGCUUUGGAAGAGAAGGUUAAGAGCUGCAGAUGUUCCAUGGAAGAAAAAGUUACUGAGAUGAAGAACUCAUUGAACUAUUUCAAGGAAGAGCUGAGCAAUGCCAUGUCAAUGAUCCAGGCCAUUACUUCUAAGCAAGAGGAAAUGCAACAGAAGAUUGAACAACUUCAACAGGAAAAGCGGAGAGAAUCCCGAAAAGUUAAAGCCAAGAAAACUCAAAAAGAAGAACACAGCUCACAGGCUGGGCCUACACAAGCACAAGGAAGCCCUUUCCGUUCAAUCAAUAUCCCUGAACCUGUUCUUCCAAGCGAAGACUUUACUAACCUUUUGCCUUCUCAGGCCUAUGAAAAAGCCCAAGAGUCCAGAUCCGUUCAUGUAGGAGAGAGUAAUGUGAAGGGAAUGAUGGGUCCUGGAGUGAACCCAACAACUCCAGAAGCGGAAGAAAACCUCAAGUCUUGCCUCUCGGCUGACAUCCAGCCCAAGGGCCAUCUCUCAUCUGGUGUGUGGCGACAACCUAAGGAGGGUAAAGAGUGGGGCGAGGAAUAUGUCACCAAGGACCACCCAGAUAAACUCAAGGAGGCUGGUCAGGGUAGACACAGCUCCUUGGAAAAUGUGUUAUGUGAAACCUCUUUAGCAGCUAAAAGACAAACUGUGGCUCUAGAAUUGCUUGAAUCUGAAAGAAAAUACGUCAUUAACAUCUCUCUGAUCUUGAAGAUAAAGGCAACAUUCCAGGGGUCAGAUGGAAAGAGGAAUUCCAAAGAGAGAAGCCUGUUCCCUGGCUCUUUACGGUACCUUGUCCAGCAGCACCUGGAUUUGCUUCAUGCACUGCAGGAAAGGGUCCUGAAGUGGCCACGCCAAGGAGUCCUGGGAGAUUUAUUCCUCAAGUUAACAAAUGAUGAGAAUAAUUUCUUGGAUUAUUAUGUUGCCUACCUGAGGGACCUGCCUGAAUGCAUCUCAUUGGUUCAUGUUGUUGUUCUGAAGGAGGGAGAUGAAGAGAUUAAAUCUGACAUCUACACACUGUUUUUUCACAUAGUCCAGCGCAUCCCUGAAUAUCUAAUCCACCUGCAGAAUGUCUUGAAGUUCACAGAACAGGAACACCCUGACUAUUACCUACUCCUGGUGUGUGUUCAGCGCCUUCGAGUAUUUAUCUCACACUAUACCCUGCUAUUUCAAUGCAAUGAAGAGUUGCUUAUUCAGAAACGGAAAAAGCUCAAAAAGUCGUCCAUGGCAAAGUUGUACAAAGGACUGGCUUCCCAGUGUGCAAAUGCCGGACAAGAUGCUUCCCCCACCGCAGGCCCUGAGGCUGUCCGGGACAGUGGGAUCCACUCAGAGGAGAUUCUGCAACCCUACCCUUCUGCUCCUGGUUCUAGCCCUGCUGUCACACACUUGAUGCCCCCAGUGAAGAAAAGCCAGCAGCAGCAGGGCUUGAUGGAGAGCAUGCAGCCCGGGAAGCCCAGUGACUGGGAGAUGGAGGGCAGAAAGCACGAGCGGCCCGAGAGCCUCCUGGCGCCGGCGCAGUUCUGUACGGCAGAGCAGGACGUGAAGGCGCUGGCCGGGCCGCUCCAGUCCAUCCCGGAGAUGGACUUCGAGCCCUCUCACGGGUCGGCCGCCGCCGCUGCAGCCGCCCGCGGCGCGCCCCGAACCUUCUUCCCCCAGCAGAGGUCCCAAAGUGAAAAACAGACCUAUUUGGAAGUAAGGAGGGAAAUGCAUUUAGAAGACACCACCAGAUUCUGUCCAAAGGAAGAAAGAGAAAGUGAACAAACAUCUUUCAGCGACCAAAAUCCCAGGCAAGACCAGAAAGGGGGCUUUCGCAGCUCCUUCCGCAAGCUCUUUAAAAAGAAGUCCAGUGGAUCAGAAUACAGGGAAAAAACUAAUGAGAAUCCCUCAAUGGAUCCUUCACCCACCAAACAAGAUUUCUUCAGAAACCGACUUGCUCUUGCAAAUGACCUUGACCAAGGAACAGCUGUGUAAAACAAACUUAAAGUUGUAUUGUCAAGUGGUAAGAUGAGGAUAAAAAGCUUGUAUAUAUCUGUUUAGGAAUAUAUAUAUAUGUAUAUAUAUAUACACACAUAUAUAUAUAUAGGUGUAUAAAUCCCUGAGGAGAACUAAUAUAAAUACUUACACAUGAAACUAAGUCAAUAUACAAGACAUUGAAGAGGUGAAGAUUAGUCUGUGUUUAAGACCUUGCCUUUUUUGAACCUCAACACUUGGAAAAAGGGAAAUGAAGACUUUUCACAUCAUUACAAAAAAACACUAUACAUUUGAAGGAAAAUAAACAUUUGUAAGAACAAAUACUUCCAUCUUGAAGUCAUUCCCCAAGUAUAAUAUUGAGCAUGUUCAUAUUUAAUUUGGAUGUGAAUUUUAUGCUUUCUAGGGGCUUAGCUUAUUAAUUCAUCCCAGUGUUCUUAGAUUAAUAUACAUUAUGUUAGGGGCAAGUUCUGUCUUGCCAUAUGUCUUCCAAAAACCCCAAGGCAAUACCUAACAUCUCUUAAGGUAAAGGCUUAAUUAAUAGAACUGUAUGUUAUGUGUUGCAAAUCUGAGUUGUAAAGAAAUUUGUGCUUAAUCCAUGAUAGACAAGUUUCAAAGCUUAAAGACACAUUGAUCUCUAAACUUGUCCUGUGGUUAUAGAAAUCGGUAAAGGGAACAAUGUUUUCUGUAGAAAUUGGAGGACAGGGAGCACAAAGGAACAGUCUUCCUUGUACUGAGGACUGGAAAACUCAGAGUGUUUUAUUGAGUACUCUGCAAGAUCCAUUAGUGAUCCCGAGUGUCACACACACUCACAACUGGACAGACAGGGAGAAAAGCACUGGUUUAGCCAUGUCCUCUUGAAAAGAUGUUCUGGAACCAGCAGAUGGCAUAAUGGUUACAUU